AUGGGCUCUGCCGCUGGAGUGCCAAAGAAGCUGGUGUACAAAAACAAGAAAGCAGGCAAGGUAAGAGAUAGCCUGGAAAUCCCUUUCGGGGAUGGCACGCAAUCAGCUGGAGCAGCAUACUACUCAUCAAGCAGUACAGCCGCUGAGUCCGCGGCUGAAGCCGCGUCGCCACAAACCCAGCAGCGGAGACAUACUGUGCAGGACGUGAAGCAACGACUUCUAGAGACUGGGCUGAGGCAGGAAGAGGUGGACAUCGCCUUGCUAAGAGUUGCUACCUCUAUGCUUCAGGACGUCGGAGCUGCUGAGGCAGCUGCUGCCUUGCGACGAGCCAGUACCUCCGAGCAAAGCCAGGAGAUGGGGCUGAUGAACGCAGCAGAGAUCUUGCAGUGCAUUGAGGAGCAAGCUGGAGCUUUGCCCAAGAUCAGCGUGCCAGCAGCGCAAAGUAGGAGAAACAACGAUUUCUCCACGUGGAUGGAGCGCUGCGAAGCCCUUCUGGAGGAACAAGAUGAGGCGAAUUACUUAGCCAAGAAACAGUUGGCAGCCCAAGUGAGGACGUAUUUGGCCAACUGUGCUGACUCUCAUGAGAAAGAGCAAGUCUUCAUGCGACGACGCGUCGGAGAGAUGCUCGGUGACGGAGAGUCCUAUGACGAUCGAGCACCCUCGAGAAAUACCACCAACAGGUCAGCCUAUGCUCCAGUAUCUCAUGAAGAUGAGGAUGAGGCCUCUGAAGAGGAUGACGAGGAUGAAGAUGAUGAGGAUUUCCUUCCCUGCGACAUUGUCCGAGUCAAAAGUGUGAAGACAAUCGUCAAGAAGGAGCGAGCAGAAGAGUUGGGCAUGACCGCUGACGAGUUGCUACAAAAGUUGCUGACUCGAAAAUCACGAAUGCCCAUUUCCAAGAGGUAUGUGCACAAACUCCUGGACAAGUUUGUGAAGGUUUGGAGUGAGAAGCACGGAAGGUAUACAUCUCUCCUUCCAGAUGUGCAAGUUCCUUUUGGUGGCCAGACGGUUGUGGUAGGCGACACGCACGGUCAGCUUGAGGACGUCCUUACUAUUUUCCUGGCGCAUGGCACACCUUCAAGCCGCAAUAGGUAUAUUUUCAAUGGGGACAUUGCAGAUCGAGGUCCAAAUGCCUGCGAGAUCUUCUUGCUGCUUUUUGCCUUUUUCAUUGAAGACCCCGACUGCCUUGUCAUCACUCGUGGAAACCAUGAGGAUGAAGAAAUGAACAAGUUGACGAGUGAGGAGGGUGGUGGGUUUCACGAGGAGGUCUUGCAGAAAUACACUGGUGGCAUUUUCAUGAAGUUCGAGGCCAUCUACAAGAUGCUACCUUUGGCUGUAGUAGUGCAAAGGGAACUCUUUGUGGUUCACGGGGGCUUGGCCCGUAAUGCCAAGUCCAACUUGAACUUGCCCUUUAUCAGGGACAUUGAUGCUGGCAUUGUCAGCUGUCCACAUGGAGGAUGCUAUCCGCUGUGCUUGGAGGAGCAGGUCUUCCAGGAUCUACUCUGGUCUGACCCACAGGAGAAACUGGGCUGGGAGGCCAAUCCCAGAGGUGCCGGCGUCAAGUGGGGGCCUGACUUGACCGCAGCCUUCCUGAAACGUACUGGUUUAAAAUGGAUCAUUCGCUCGCACCAAUUGCCGGAGGACAAGCGCGGCUUCAGCACACACCACUUGGGAUUAGUGUACACUCUUUUCAGUGCGAGCAACUACUGCGGCACUGCUGGGAACAAGGGUGGUGUGUGCUUACUGGAGCUCCGGUACAACUCGGCAUCUGGAGAAGGAACCAGUCUUGUUGCACGCUUCGAGGAGCACUAUGCGCCUGCUUUGGAAGAAGGGACGCUAUUGCACAUUUCCAGGUUGCCAGAUAUUGCUGCUCGUCGCACUGCGCUUGAAGAAGCUGGAGUCGCACGGGCAACAGAGGACAUCCAGAAAGUUGGACAGCGUCAGGAACGUGCCAUUCUACAUCGAAUGGCAGGCAAGGUUGUUGAGCUUCGGUCUGAGCUUUGGGAUGACUUUAGAAGAAACGAUGAGAAGAGGACGGGCAAGGUGAGCUUUCUGAACUGGUGUGACAUCAUGACCUCUGUUUGUGGAGAGAACUUCCCCUGGUCGUUGGGUGGCGAGCUUUGGGGCAUUGCAGAACCUGGCGAGGAGGACGUGGGUCCUGUCACUCAAGGUAAACGUCAGGUGGACUACCGUCGCUUCCUUCGCAGAUUUGAUGUGGCUGUGAAUAAGGAGAAGUGGAUUGGUUGGAAGACAAUUCUUAUGAAAGAUGCCUAUGAAGCCCUCUACUGUCGUGAUGCGGACCUGAAGGCAACAUUGGCGCUAUUUGACCCAGAGCACACUGGCAGGGUCAGUGUGCAGAACUUUUUGAAAGUCCUGCAAAGCGAGGUUUGUUUUGAGAGCAGUGACAGUCCUCAACGAACUUCUCAGCAUGUGCUGAGCGCUUCGCAACUGCAAUCACUGGCUCAUGGCCUUUUUCCUCCAGACGAAGGUGAUGAGGACACGGAUUUGAGUGUCCACGAGUUUUUUGAGCGUUUCACCGUGAUCUAUCGCCAGGCAAAAGCCAUGACAGGUGAUGACACCUUGUCAGAUUGGAGAACGACCUUGCGAAGCCUGGGGCACUUGCUUCUCAAGCAAGAUAGAAAGACCUCGAUGACGAUCAAUUCAUUUGAGCGGGCAGUCUCCCGAGCACCAAUGCUGCAAGACUUCUCAUGGCUUCAAUAUGACCUCUCAGCAGAACUCAACUCCGGUCAUUUCCCUUCUUGUCCAGUUUAA